AUGGCAUAUCGUCUAGAGUAUUCUAAAUCUGGCAAAGCUGGCUGUAGAGGACCCAAACCCUGCACUGGGACCAAGAUUGUGAAAGGCGCCUUGCGAUUUGGCACCGUCGUCGACAUCCAAGGCCACACGUCCUUUUUUUGGCGUCACUGGGGAUGCGUCACGCCAACACAGAUCAGAAACAUUCGCACUACUUGGGGAGAGGAUGUCGGGGAGCUGGACGGCUUCGAAGACCUGACCGAGGAGGAUCAAGCCCGCGUUAGAGCUGCGGUCAUGGAGGGCUGCGUGGCUGAAGAAGACAUCCCAGAGAGCGCCAAAAAGAAUCCAGAUGACGAAGAAGAAGAAGGAGACGAAGGCGAGCUGCCUGACGACAAGGCCAAGGAGGUGGACAUCAAAGGACGGUCUUCGAAGGGCAAGAGCAAGAUCAAGAAGGACGGUUCAGCCUCCCCGUCCAAGCCCAAAGCCAAAGCUAGUGCAGCGAAGCGCGGAAAGCGCAAGCGCGAACAGGACAGCGACGCUGAAGAACCGAGUCCGAAGGGUGAAGAUGAUGACGGAGAAGAAGAAGACGUCAAACCCGACGUGAAGUCAAAGGCGCGUGGUCGUCCGCCUGGCUCUAAGAACAAGGCAAAGACCGCUGGCGAUGAGGACAAGACGGCCACCGAGAAUGGCGAAAAGGAGGCACCACAUGGUCAAUCUCGAAAAGUCAAAGUUGAGAAGACUGAGGCGGAGGAAGAUGAGACCAACGAGAUGGUAGCGCAAGACAAAAAGGCUCGAGGACGGCCCAAGAAGGUCAAGCCAGAGAUGGAGGAAAAGAAGCCCCGCGGACAACCCAAAAAGGUGAAGGCCGAGGAGCAGAACGAAGGUGAUGAAACUCGUCCUGAGGAGAGCAAACCGCGAGGCCGCCCCAAGAAGGUGAAAGCAGAGGAAACAGAGCUGGAGAAUGUGGGCGAGAGCGAGGUGAAGGACAAGAAGGGUCGGGGGCGUCCAAAGAAGGUCAAGGCCGAAGAGGCUGAGGCCGAGCUGGACGAGCCGCAAGUAAAUGCGGUGGAGGUCAAGACUGAAGCAGAGGAGACGCAAGAGGCUCCAUCGGCGUCGUCCGCAGGCAAAAAGGGACGUGGACGUCCCAAGAAGGAAGUUAGGGAGGAGGCGCCUAGCAGCGAUGGGGCUGAGGCGCCUAAGAAGGCCAGGGGCAGGCCCAAGAAGGCCGCCUAGCUGGCCAAGCGCU